UUCAUCUCCUGGUACAUAUGUAACUCUACGUCUAGCCAAUUCUUUAUUUGAUCCAUGUAACUUUUCUUAGGGAGUCCCUUUCCGCGAUGGAUUUCAAUCCUACACUUUAUUAUUUUUUGCAUGAGAUCGUCGUGUCGUGUUCCAUUCCCUAUAAUUUGACCAAUAUAAUUUUCUUUAAAUUAAGAAAAAGUUCAAUUUUUUUAAUCAUACAGUCAACUACUAUAUAUAUAAUAUAAUCGGAGUAAACUAAAGAUCAUCAAUGGUAUCAUAUAUUCAUUCACACAUGUAACACAUAUUGAUUAGCCCAACUCUAGUCGGUUGAGUACCGCCGACUUAAUCCUGCUCAUUUUUUACUUUUAAUCUCCUAUCACAUCAUUAUGACACAACAUUAACCUUCUCUUUAGCAUAAAUUACAAAUGCCUUCCAUGGCAUCUUCAUCCUUUAGUUUUUCCUUCUAUUACAGUAUUUAUGUAAUCGUCAUAUCGUGCCACCAACAUGAAAGGCAUCUUCUAUUCCCAGUCAUCGUCAUAAUAAGUAUAUUUUUAUUUAACUAAAUUUAAACUUUUCCAUUCGUUUUAUGCCCUGUUCAACUUCAUACCUCUCAUCCGUCGCCUUUUCCUCAUCUAAAACGCACAGUGCCUGGUGUAUUUAGGGGUUUUUUUUAUUUUGCCGGAUCCGGUCCGGAUCCGGUGAUUUUUACCGGAUCCGGUAGCUCCUGAAAAGUGCCGGAUCCGGCCGGAUUACCGGAUCCGCCGGACCGGAUUGCAAUCCCUAAUUCAAAAUCUCUAAAAAUAGUUAAAACGGAAAUUGACCUCACCCAGCUCCUUCAGUUCUGCCACUACAAGCAAAAAAUGACUUCCGAUUGGGUUGACAUUGUCAUUGUCACUUCACUACCAGUGACACUUGACAAUGAUACUAACAGUUCACUUUUUUUUUUUUUUUUAACAUUUAUGGCCCUACAUUGUUCGGAUAUUUUUCUUGUGUGAUUUUAUUUUUAACGUUUGAGGUUAUUUCACUCGCACUGUUGUCUAUGCUCAAACGUAAAUUAAUUCAACGUUUUUUCCAGUGUAUGAAACAGAUCCGUGACGUCACGAUUCUCACAAAUGACGUUUGUUACAUACGCCCUUUUGUUUCAAGUAACAAUAUAAAUGGAUUUUAUUCAUAGACAUACAAUAUAAAUUUUAUUAGAUUUUAGACCAAAAUAUAGGACUUACGCAAAAUAAAAAAAAUACGGAGCGAAGUCGCAGCGUGUGGCAGUGUCGCUGCGGCUGGGGGUGUGCGUGCCGCGGGCGUGCGCUGCGCACGCGCUGCUGCCGGCGCGCUUCAACCACUCGCUGGAGUUCUGCCGCCUGCCCGCCGACAAGCCCUACGCCGCCAUCGACUACGUCGCUUUAUUUAUUUUGUUACUGCUUGGACUACUGACAGUCGUCAGUACAACAUAUGAACUGCAUCAUAUGUAUAUACUGAAAAAAGAACCAGAGCGGUGGCAUGAGUGGCUAUGUACGUUCUCGCUGCAUCGCAACACGCGGCUACUGACGGUGGCACCUGGCGGCCUGCCGUGCCUGCACGGUAUCCGCGCUCUCUCCGUGCUGUGGAUCAUCAUGCUACACUCCUCGCUCCAGCUUCGACAUCAUUCUGUCAACGAAAAGGAUAUAAGCGAAAAUGUAAGUAGUGAGCAGAGGUAUUUGGGUGUGGCCGCGGGUCACCUCGCCGUAGACUCCUUCUUUGUGCUGAGCGGACUGCUACUGGUCUACACCAGUGCCGGCAAAACAGAGUCAUUGUCGCUGAGAAACCUGCCCCGGUUCUACCUGAUCCGCUACGUGCGUUUGUUCCCGUUGCUGGCGGCGGCCGUGCUACUGCGCGCCGCCGAGCCACGCGUCACCGACGGGCCCACGGCGGUGGACCGCGCUCAAGAGCCUGUUCGUUGCCGCAAGUACUGGUGGAGCGCUCUGCUGCAUGUCCAGAACAUAGUCAACCCGAGAGAAAUGUGCUUGGGUCACAGCUGGUACCUGUCGGUGGACAUGCAGCUGUACGUGGUGUCGGCGCUGCUGCUGUGCGCGGCGGGGCGGCGCGUGUGGCCGGCGCUCGGCGCCGCCGCGCUGGCCUCCACGGCCGCCGCGCUCGCCUUCUGUUUCUAUUACAACUUUCAUGACACGACAUCGGAUUUACCGCGCAACUGGAGCUUGGAGUCAACAACUGUCUACUGGACGUGGUAUUACUAUAACCCUAUAGUGCGCUCCCCUCCUUUCUUCAUCGGGAUGCUGCUCGGGUACAGCCUUUACAUCCUCAAGACUGAAAAACUUCAUUUACCGAAGUGGAGCAUCUGGCUAUGCUACAGCGGGGCAUUAAUGUUGUCCUUGCUGGUGAUGUUGGCUGACCACCCGGGCAUGCGCGCGUUCUUCCACGAGCACCAGGCGGCUCGGAACGCCAAGCUGGCCCUGUACCGGUCCUGCUGGGCGCUGGCGCUCGGCUGGCUCAUCUUCGCAUGCACUCAGGGUUAUGGAGGUCCCGUGAACUGGUUCCUGUCGCUGGGGCUGUGGCGGUACGUGGCGCGCGUCUCGUACGCGAUGUACUUGUUCAGCAAUAUCUUGCAGGAGGAGCCGGACGCCACCGGCGGCGUUAAUUACUAUGACAUGCACACACUGCUGUGGAGGUUCUCCGGCGACGCGGCGGCGGCGGUGGUGCUAUCGACGGCGCUCAUCGUGCUGGUCGAGGCGCCGCUGCACACCCUCCUAGCGCCGCUCCUCAAGCCCCGCACUACCCAGAAGUCAUAACAACUUGAAUUUAUAUUAAAUAAAUAAAUUAAAUAAUAACACCUAAUUUAAUUUA